AUGUCGGAGUACGAGAGGUACGUGGCGAUGGCCGCGACGGCGGCGGGGACGGCAAUGGUUCUGCACGGCCUGCUGACAGGCCUCCUCCCCGACGAGCUCUCCUUCUCCGCCCUCCGCGCCCGCCUCUCCUCCCUCCACACCAUCGUCAUCGACGAGACUGAGGGACUCGCGCCCAAUCACCUCUACGACGCCGCACGCGCCUACCUCGCCGCGCGCGCCGCAUCCGACUCGGGCGUGCGCCGCAUCCGCGCCUGCCGCGUCGACGAAUCCUCUCAGGGCAUCGCGCUCACCAUGGACCACGGGGAGGAGACCGUCGACGCCCACGACGGAGUCCAAUAUACCUGGCGCCUCGUCUCCCGCGACCCCGCCGCGGUCUUGGGCUGCUCCGCUAACCGUCGCGGCGCUGCUGCCCACGGCCGCGGCGGCCUCCAAGUCUGCCUCAGGUCCUUCGAGCUCAGCUUCCACAAGAAGCACAAGGAGAAGGCGCUCGCCUCGUACCUCCCCUUCGUCCUCGACACGGCCAAGGCCAUCAGGGACCGCCAGCGGAACCUCAAGAUGCACAUGGUCGAGUACGACGCUUGGACCGCCGUCGACCUCCGCCACCCGUCCACAUUCGACACGCUCGCCAUGGACCGCACGCUCAAGAAAUCCGUCAUGGACGACCUCGAGAGGUUCGUGGACAGAAAGGAAUACUACAGCAGGACCGGCAGGGCGUGGAAGCGCGGGUACCUGCUCUACGGCCCGCCGGGCACCGGCAAGUCCAGCCUCGUCGCCGCCAUGGCAAACUACCUCAAGUUCGACAUCUACGACCUCGAGCUCACCGAGGUCAAGUCCAACUCGGACCUCCGCAGGCUCCUCGUCGGCAUGAGCAACCGAUCCAUCCUCGUCGUCGAGGACAUCGACUGCAGCAUCGACCUGCACCAGCGACCCGGCGACCAAGGCCCCGAUAGGCGCGCCCCCAGGCCCGGCUUCACGGGAGAUGACAGCGAAGACAAGGUGACGCUGUCCGGGCUGCUCAACUUCGUCGACGGGCUGUGGUCGACGAGUGGGGACGAGAGGAUCAUCGUCUUCACCACUAACUUCCGGGAGCGCCUGGACCCAGCGCUGCUGCGGCCCGGCAGGAUGGACAUGCACACCCACAUGAGCUACUGCACCCCGGAGUCGUUUAGGAUCUUGGCCAGCAACUACCACUCUGUCAAAGACCACGCCAUGUUUCCGGAGAUCGAGCAGCUCAUGGAAGAGGUGCAAAUCACACCGGCGGAGGUCGCUGAGGUUCUGAUGAGAAAUGACGGCGUCGACGCGGCGCUUCUGGAUCUUGUUAAGUUCAUCAAGGCAAAGAAGGGGGCAGCCGGUGAGAGCAACGUCACAAACCAUGAUGGAAGGUGCUAG